UGGCGGCGGGCGGGUGUCGCGGCUUGGGCAGGUCCGUGAGAACUUCGCCGAGUCCGCCCUGGGCGGGGGUGCGCCCGUGUCCGCGUCCGUGAGAGGCACCCACCGCCCGCUCGGCAUGGCCGGCCGCCUCGGCCGCGGGAUGUGCUGCGGCAAGCGCGGCCGGGGUUGCCGGGGCGAGGGCGCCCUGCUUGCCCUGGGGCUCCUGGCCGCCCUCGGCUUCCUCGUGUGGUGGCACGGCCCGCCGCCCCGCCACGCCGCCCGCCGCGCCCCGCCGCUGCCGCCGUCCCCCGACACCGAGCUGCUGCGGCGGCCGGUGUACGCCAAGCCUGCCCUGGACCCGGGGGCGCUGGGGGAGCUGGGCCGGGCGGUGCGGCUGGAGCUGAGCCCGGCCGAGAAGCGCCGCCAGGAGGAGAGCAUCCGUCGGCACCAGAUCAACAUCUACCUGAGCGACCGCAUCUCGCUGCACCGCCGCCUGCCCGAGCGCUGGCACCCGCUAUGCAGAGAGAAGAUGUAUGAUUAUUAUAACCUGCCAAAAACCUCCGUUGUGAUAGCUUUUUAUAAUGAGGCUUGGUCAACACUUCUGCGAACUGUUCACAGUGUUCUUGAGACAUCCCCAGAUAUUCUUUUGGAAGAAAUUAUUCUUGUAGAUGAUUACAGUGACAAAGAACAUUUAAAGGAGGCUUUGGAGAACUACGUGGCUGGUUUACGCAAGGUGCGUCUUAUCCGGGCAAAUAAGCGAGAGGGGCUGGUUCGAGCCCGGCUGCUGGGGGCAUCUGUGGCAAAAGGAGACAUCCUGACCUUCCUGGACUGCCACUGUGAAUGCCAUGAGGGCUGGCUGGAGCCACUGUUGGAAAGGAUUGCGGAAGAAGAAACAGCCGUCGUCUGCCCUGUUAUUGAUGUUAUUGACUGGAAUACAUUUGAAUACUUGGGAAAUGCUGGUGAGCCACAGAUUGGUGGAUUUGACUGGAGACUGGUCUUCACUUGGCAUAGUACCCCUGAAAGAGAACAAAAACGGAGGAGGUCCAAGACUGAUGUGAUCAGGUCUCCAACCAUGGCAGGUGGAUUGUUUUCUGUGAGCAAAAAGUAUUUUGAUUAUCUUGGUUCGUAUGACACAGGAAUGGAAGUCUGGGGAGGAGAAAACCUUGAAUUCUCAUUUAGGAUAUGGCAGUGUGGAGGAAGUCUUGAGAUCCAUCCUUGCUCCCAUGUAGGUCACGUUUUCCCCAAACAAGCUCCAUACUCACGGUCCAAAGCUUUGGCAAACAGUGUGCGUGCAGCUGAAGUGUGGAUGGAUGAAUAUAAAGAACUUUAUUACCACCGAAACCCACACGCUCGCCUGGAGCCAUAUGGAGAUGUGACAGAAAGAAGACUUCUUCGAGAGAAGCUGAAAUGUAAGGACUUCAAAUGGUUCUUGGAGAAUGUGUAUCCAGAACUUCACGUACCCGAGGACAGACCAGGCUUCUUUGGAAUGCUGAAGAAUAGAGGAAUGGAAAACUUCUGUUUUGAUUACAACCCUACAAAUGAACAUCAAAUAACUGGACACAGGGUCAUACUGUACCCAUGUCAUGGCAUGGGACAAAAUCAAUUUUUUGAGUACACAUCCCAUAAUGAAAUACGUUACAACACCCGACAACCAGAAGUCUGUGCAGCAGUCGAUUCAGGGACUGACUACUUGACAAUGUACUUGUGUCAAGAAAAUGUCCACAGUGUUCCUGAAAACCAGAAGUUUGUUUUCAGGGAGGAUAGUACCUUGUUUCACCUACAAACCCAGAAGUGUGUACAAGCCGAGUCAAAUGUUUACAACGGUAACCCAGCACCAUUGUUACGACCGUGUACCAACUCGGACUACCAGAAAUGGUUCUUCAAAGAACGAAGUUGAUCCAGAUGUUGUCUAGGAUAUAGCUGAAUACGAAAAAUGUGCUCUUUCUGGUCAGCAGUUAGUCAGCCUUUUUGAAAAUCACAUGAGUGAUAUAUUUUUGUAUGGAAAGAACUGUAAUUAGUUUACAAACCUUGGAUCUUGUUUCCUGGAGCAUUAGAAGGCACUAAGCAUUGAGAGCUAUGUAAAGUGCUACAGAAUCUGCUCCUUUUCUCUUUAUUUGGCAGCUACAUAACUGCUUCUGAAGUGUCUUAAGUUCUUUUCACAAGUGACAAUGUAUUUUUUUAAUCUACUGUGUGGAAGUAAGGCAGUCAAAAUAAUUGCACUAAUGUUAAUCUGCCAAUAACUUAAAAUGUUUAUUUUUCUACUAAAACAUUCUUCAGUUGGGCCUUUUAACAGAUAGUAGUUAAUAGUUAUUCUCAUCUUUUAAAUACAAAGAAGGUAAAUGCAGGCCAUAUUCUGCCCUAAGUGACUAUCACAAACUCCUCACUGAAGACAGUGUGGAUUUACACAUGAAGGCAGAGUAUGUCUGCAUAGUUUUGCACAAAUAACAAUCUAGAUGCAUACAGAUUGCACAUGCCUGACAAUACUAUACCUUAAAUGUUGUGACAAUUUUAGAUGCUCAUGGCACUUGAUGAGUUUCUAAUCAUGCUUAAGUCUGGUCUGGGAGUAAAAUGGGCAUUUUCUCAUCUUUCUUAAAGAAAUAAGGCAAUAGUAUUUAAAGACGAUGCUUUGGGAAAAGCUAUUUAGAUUCACAUGGACCUAGCUAUGUGUCUGUGUCCCAGACUGCACAACUCAUUUUAACAUUAUGUGGAUUUUUAACAUGCAUAAAACUUGCAAGAUCAGACCUAGCAAUAAUUCUUUUGAAAAAAAAUUCAAAAUUACAACUAAAGAAAAUGAACCUAAGAAAUUCUUUCAUUAAAUUGUGUUUAAAUGAUUCAUGUAAAAAUGAUAAUAUUUUAAAGAAUGGUUUUGCAAAUAAUUGAUAUGAUAUGCAGCUAGUAUUAAUGCAAAAAGAAUUGUCUUUCAGGUAUAACUUGCAUUUCAUCUGGGGACUUCUGUUUUGAUGAGCUGGCCAUGUCAAAGCAUAUAGUCCAGUUGAAUACGUGAGGUUUAAUCUGUACCAGUACAAGAUGGUUUCUGCUGUGGUGUGUGGGAUCUGCCUUACCUAAUCAGACAAGUAGUGUGUGUAUAGCAAUGUAUCUGGUCAUUGACCAACAUCACUACAAUGCUGAUUAGAAGGGUUUCAGCUCAUAGGAAUAAUUUCUUUCUUUAUCAGAUGAAUGUAUGUUUAUAUAUAGAAGGAUGAAAAUGUCGACCUUUUUCCCCUCAGAAGUCUUGGCAUCUAUUUUAUUAGUUUGGGAUGUAUUUUGUUAUUUGCCUUUGUUCAUGUUUUCUAUAAAAAAUGUACAGUCUUUUCUUUGAAUCCCCAUAAGCUCAUGCCAUUUUGGCAUACCUAUUUAUAUGAUUGGGGUGUGGGGGGAGGGUUUCUGCCUGUAGGAGAUACAUAUGUAGGUUCUUCCAAGGUUUUUCUAAACCCGUGUAGAUAGAAUGUUUUUGUGAGCACCUUUAAAGUUUUGUCUCUGUGGGCUGUGGACUGAUGAAAUUGAUGUUAGAAUUAAUAAAAUAUUUUGUGAUUCAGUA